AUGAAGCUUCGUUCCCAAACGAAGAAGGUACCUCAAGUGGCUUCCUCUGGCUCGGAUAGCCGUGGAAGCGAGGUCGAGAUGGAUGCCUCGAAAGGCACCUCGACCGUGGCGGGCGGCAACGGGAAAGGCCUCAGUGCCAAGUCCCUUACUGAAGGGCCCCGCUCCGUCUCGGAUGCGGGCGCGCGCUCCCUUGUGGGAGCUGCUGCGAGAGACUCCCCAUCUGGGGCAGUUCGGUCUGAACAAGGCCUUGAAUUGGAACCAGCUGACGGCUCGGCGGUUCCCUCCACUCACGACAACGGCAACGGCAACACAGUCUCGGUCUCACAAAUGGCGGAUGUCUCGGGUCCGACACAUCCGCUGGUAUCUGCGCACUCCGCUUCCUCCCGCGGGAAGUCAGACACGGGUUCAACUCGAACAGGAGUCUCUCCUCGCAUUGGCAAAUGGCUGGAAGAGACGGAGCGGCAAGCGAUGGAUAGGCAUUGGGACUGGGCGGACUCAACGGACGAGGAUGACCUGGGUGAGAUACCCACGUUCACUAUGGUUAAAAAGGAACGAGUAUCUCCUAAGCUUAUGUGGUCCCCACCGGUAGAUAACAAUGAAACUGAUUUUUCACCUGAAUUCUGGAUUGAAAUUGUGAAUAACCUGACGCUCGAGGACCAGCGCAAGCUGGCUCGACGUGCUGAGAGGCUCAAAUCAGCUAGAAUAACGGAAGGCAAUUCUAUUUCAGAGUCUACACAACAACAGGUGCCUAAGCCUAGAGUGGAUCCACGACGCGCUCGUGUGGAGGAGGUCGAGGACGAGGAUGAUCCCAUGCCUACACUGAAGACACCCGAGUCUUCCCAGCAGCCCAGCUUGCCACGCAUACCGGCGGUUGCAAAAGGGAAAGGAAGGGCGGCUACGGAGCGGACUAAUAUUGUCCAGUUCGCCGACCAUAUCUCCGAGGACGAGCGAGCGGCAGACGAACGCAGACUGCAUCAGAUAGAGGCAGACGCGUUGCUGGCGUUGAAACUGCAAGACCAAUUGCAGGAGCCGGAGGAUAUACCUCGGUAUGUCCCGCCGGCACGGCGCGAUGGCCCUCGACAAGGAACGUCGAAGGCACAUGCCGCGGAAGCGGUAAACGAGCAGAUAGAUGGUGAUGCUAUUUUUGCUCGAGAACUGCAGGAGGCGUUUGACGCGCGAGCAGCACGCGAGAUGGCGGACAACCCAGAGGGGGUACAUAAGCCAGCGUUGGAGAUUGACCCCAGGCUGGCAAAGAAGUUGUACAAGAAGGCUGCACGCGAGGAGCCGCAGGAGUUGCCAAAGCACAAGCACAAGUCAAAGUCGACUAGUGCGGACAAGAAGUCCUCGACUCCCGCGCCGCGUAAGCCAGAGUCCAGCCGCCAGAAUGCGCCUGCUCCAGUGGCGCCAACCAGUCAGUUGCCAAAGUCGAGCACCAUGUAUUCGACGCUGAAUACUGGCCAUAGGUCGAAGGCACGUCCACCUUCACCAUCUGACAGCAGUUCUUCGUCUGACUCAGAUUCAGAGUCAGACAGCUCUCUUGAUAAACGCACUCGUCGCCAGAGGAAGAACAGAAAGAGGAAAGAGAGAGCCGCAAAGAAGGGCAAACGCAAAAGCAAGAAGAAGCGUAACGGGGCACAUGACUCUGAUCCCUCUUCUUCCAGCUCUUCGAGCAGCUCGAACUCGAGUUCUUCUGACGGCGAAACAGACAGCUCGGAAACGUCUUCCGACAGUUCAGUCACGACAAAUUCGGACUGGGAACUCUUCAAUGGGCCGCCGUCGCUUGCGGAUUCAAGUGCUUCAACGAGGACCAAGCGCCAGAAGCAACGCGACCGCGAGAAGUAUCGCAGCAAGAUGGCUCAAUUGAAGAUGGAACAAUCCAAUAUCAAGCCUACCGAACCUAAGAAGUAUACUGGCAUCAACCCCAAGUUUGAGUCAACGCAAGACUGGAUGUGGGAUGUCCAACGCUGGUGCAGCGACUCCUACAUCCGUCCGAAGAUGCGCGCUCAUCACGCGGGGCGGUUCCUCGAGGGCCCUGCACGGGAGUGGUAUCAGAGGGAAGUAGGCAAGAAGGCCAAGAAGUGGUCGUUGAGACGACUCUUCCAAGGGAUGUUUGAUACAUUUUUCCCUGUUGACUUCUACACCCAACAACGAGAAAGAUUCCGUGAAUUCAAGCAGCGUGGUCUACCUAUUAAGGAAUACAACCGUAAACUGGAGGCAAUAGCCAAUAGCAUUGGAGGUAUCCGGAAACAAGACUACGUGCGCCAGUUCUGGCGCGGCGCUGACCUGAUGAUGCGGACUAACUGGGCGUAUGACGGAUACACGCAAGAGACUGCUAAACUUAAGCAGUUAAUCAAGACGGGGAUAAAUUAUCAAAUGUCCAAGAAGAUUGGCGACCAAGAGAAGAAGACCGACAAUGACGGGGGCGCUUCAGGGAAUCGGAAGGACACAAAACGCGAGUCCAAAUUCCGUGACCGGAAGCGUGGCUCUCGUCAGGAGGGCGCGCGGAACGACAAUUCUGAGAAACCUGACAAGAGUCAGUCUAAACCUCAACAGCGUCGUUCCAACAACGACCAGCGCACGCAGUCUGGCAGCCGCGACAAACCAAGGGACAAGAAGCGGCACACAUUGUCCAAGGAGGAGAUGAACGAAUACCGAGCGCAAGGCAAGUGCUUCACGUGCGGAAGUACUGGGCAUUUGAGCAAGGACUGCCCUGAAAACAACCGCCUGAGGCCGAAGACACAACUCAACGCGGCAUCAGUCGAGCAGACUGGACACCUUAGCGAUUUGCGAGAGGCCAUACCUGGAGUUGAUAGACGGGAUUUUAGUAGGGUACAUGAUGAAUGA